CCUCCUCCUCCUCCUCCCCGGACCCGGCGGACUCACUGUCAUGGCGGCGCCCUGCAGGAGGAUCAUCUCACGGUGAAACGCGACUCAAAACAGUUUCUCCAAGAUGAGCUGAGAGGAAAGAGGAGAAGGUAUGUAUGUGAUGUCAUCAGUGAUGCGGGCGGCCCGAGGGCUCGUCCACGUUGAGCCCUUCCUGCUCAGCAACUUCCUGUCCCCUCCCUCCCUGUGUCCUGCGCGGAGCUCCGCCCCCUUGCUCGCCUCUCUACAGAACAGGAGGUUCGCCUCGAAACAGGGCAAAGGUCAAAAGACGCCAAAGGUCAAACCCAAGGUGGACAAACAGGAAGUGGAGAUCCGACAGGGGAUGACGGCGGCGGCUCUUGCUGAGGCCAUGGACAAAGACUUCGAUCAUGUGUUGGAGGCUCUGCUGAACACCUCGGUGGACGUGGACUAUCUGGAACCGGACUCGAUUCUGGAGGAGCGUUGGAUUAAGGAGGUGGUGACCAGAUCAGGGAUGAAGUUCAAAUGGGCCAAACUAAGCACGAGCAAAGAGAGACCCAACAGAGACGUCCACAGGAGACCCCCGGCUGACCCGUCCCUUCUGGUGCCUCGGCCCCCGGUGGUCACCAUCAUGGGUCAUGUGGACCAUGGUAAAACCACCCUGCUGGACAGUCUGAGGAAGAGCCAGAUCGUUUCCACCGAGGCCGGAGGGAUCACACAGCACAUUGGAGCCUUUCUGGUCCAGCUGCCUACAGGUGAGAGGAUCACCUUCCUGGACACCCCGGGCCAUGCCGCCUUCUCCUCCAUGAGGGCCCGCGGAGCCGACGCCACCGACAUCGUCAUCCUGGUGGUGGCGGCCGAUGACGGCGUCAUGAACCAGACGGUGGAGUCCAUCCAGCACGCCAAGAGGGCCAAAGUCCCGAUUAUCGUAGCCAUCAAUAAGUGCGACAAACCUCAGGCUGACGCCCAGAGAGUCAAACAGGAGCUUCUUGCCCACGACGUGGUGUGUGAGGAGUUUGGAGGAGACGUCCAGGCCAUUCACGUCUCUGCCCUGAAGGGCGACAACCUGCUGGCGCUGGCCGAAGCCACGGUGGCGUUGUCUGAGGUUCUGGAGCUGAAGGCGGAACCCAGCGGUGCCGUAGAAGGACUCGUCAUCGAGAGCCGCACUGACAAAGGCAAAGGGCCUGUAACGACAGCCAUCGUCCAGCGGGGGACGCUGAAGCGUGGCUGCGUCCUGGUCGCAGGUAAAUGUUGGGGCAAAGUCCGGUUCAUGUUUGACGAGAACGGCCGAGCGUUGCAGGAGGCUGGACCUAGCACUGCGGUGGAGGUGGUCGGCUGGAAGGAGCUGCCGUCUGCUGGGGAGACCAUCCUGGAGGUGGAGUCUGAGCAACAAGCGAGGGAGGUGGUGGACUGGAGAACCCAUGAGGAGGAGCAGCUGAAGCUUCAGGAACAUCAAAGCGCCAUCGAGCUGAAGCAGAAGCUUCACCGGGAGGAGUACCUCCAAGAAAGGGAGCAUCUGUCACACCUGAACUGGAGGCAGAGGAAGUUGGCUAUCAGCCGGGCCAACAGGACCAAGUUCUCCAUGAGAUCCAAUGAGAGGACGAACAGCGACAAGCCCAGCCUGCCGCUCAUCAUCAAAGGUGACGUGGACGGCUCGGUGGAGACCAUCCUGAACAUCCUGGACACUUAUGACGCUGAGGAGCAGUGUCAGCUGGACGUGGUCCACUUUGGUAUUGGAGACAUCUCGGAGAACGACGUCAACAUGGCGGAAACGUUUGGAGGUUCCAUCUACGGCUUCAACGUGGCGGCGAGCCGGUCUAUCGAGCAGCUGGCGGCGAAGCACGGCGUUCCGCUGCGACUUAACAACGUCAUCUACAAAAUGUUCGAUCAGCUGAAGGAUGAGUUGAGCAGUAAACUCCCGGUACUCGUCUCUGAGGACGUCGUCGGUGAGGCGACGGUUCUCGCCAUGUUUCACGUCACUGUGGGGAAGAAGAAGGUUCCUGUGGCCGGCUGCAGGGUUCAGAAAGGCAAGCUGGAACGACGCCUCAAGUUCCGAUUGAUCCGAGGACAGGAAACCAUCUGGGAGGGUUCUCUGGUGGCGUUGAAGCACCACAAGGAUGACGUCCCCAUGGUGAGCAUGGGGAUGGAGUGCGGUCUGUCGGUGGACGGCGACGUCGACAUCAGAACCGGCGACGUCAUUGUUUGUUUCCAGGAGCAGGACUCUCCACAGGUCACUUCCUGGGACCCCGGGUUCUAACGUCCCAUCAUGCCUUGCUGCUCGGAGAACGAGCCAACACUGACAAAAGAUCUGAAUGUUUGUGAUUUAUUAUUUCAGACAGAAACAAAGAGACAUCUGAGUAAAAAGAACGUUUAAUGUUUUGUUUCAGAAACAUUUUAAUAAAGAAUCAAAUAGUCCUGA